GGACGCGGCCUCCGGGGGCGCCAGGCAGCAGCCGCGGUGGCGACCAAACGGGUGUUGGAGUUGGCGGCGGCCAUGGAGGGCCUGGCUGGCUAUGUGUACAAGGCGGCCAGCGAGGGCAAGGUGCUGACUCUGGCCGCCUUGCUUCUCAACCGCUCCGAGAGCGACAUCCGCUACCUGCUGGGCUAUGUUAGCCAGCAGGGUGGACAGCGCUCCACGCCCCUCAUCAUCGCAGCCCGCAAUGGGCACGCCAAGGUGGUGCGCUUGCUCUUAGAACAUUACCGGGUGCAGACCCAGCAGACUGGCACCGUCCGCUUCGAUGGGUAUGUCAUUGAUGGUGCCACUGCUCUUUGGUGUGCUGCUGGGGCCGGACAUUUUGAGGUUGUUAAGCUUCUAGUCAGCCAUGGAGCCAAUGUGAACCACACCACAGUUACUAACUCAACCCCUCUGCGGGCUGCAUGCUUUGAUGGCAGACUGGACAUUGUGAAGUACUUGGUGGAAAAUAAUGCCAACAUCAGCAUUGCCAACAAGUAUGACAACACCUGCCUGAUGAUUGCAGCAUACAAGGGUCACACUGAUGUGGUCAGGUACCUUUUAGAACAGCGAGCUGACCCUAAUGCCAAGGCACACUGUGGGGCCACAGCAUUGCACUUUGCAGCAGAAGCUGGGCACAUCGACAUUGUGAAAGAGCUGAUAAAAUGGCGAGCUGCCAUAGUCGUGAAUGGCCAUGGGAUGACACCACUGAAGGUAGCUGCUGAGAGCUGUAAAGCUGACGUAGUUGAACUGUUGCUCUCUCAUGCUGACUGUGACCGAAGAAGUAGAAUCGAAGCCUUGGAACUGUUGGGUGCCUCCUUUGCAAAUGACCGUGAAAACUAUGACAUCAUGAAGACAUACCACUAUUUGUAUUUGGCCAUGUUGGAGAGAUUUCAAGAUGGUGAUAACAUUCUUGAAAAGGAGGUCCUGCCACCGAUCCAUGCUUACGGGAACAGAACUGAGUGCAGAAGCCCUCAGGAACUGGAGGCCAUCCGGCAGGACAGAGACGCUCUUCAUAUGGAGGGCCUUAUAGUUCGUGAGCGGAUUUUAGGCGCUGACAAUAUCGAUGUUUCCCACCCCAUCAUUUACAGAGGGGCUGUCUACGCGGACAACAUGGAAUUUGAACAGUGUAUCAGGUUGUGGCUUCACGCGCUGCACCUCAGGCAGAAGGGCAACAGGAAUACACACAAAGACCUUCUUCGGUUUGCUCAGGUGUUUUCUCAGAUGAUCCACUUGAAUGAAACCGUGAAGGCCCCAGACAUAGAAUGUGUUUUGAGGUGCAGUGUUUUGGAAAUAGAACAGAGUAUGAACAGAGUGAAAAACAUCCCCGAGGCCGACGUGCACAGCGCCAUGGAUAACUAUGAGUGUAACCUCUACACCUUUCUGUACCUGGUGUGCAUCUCCACCAAGACACAGUGCAGUGAGGAAGACCAGUGCAGGAUCAACAAGCAGAUCUACAACCUGAUCCACCUCGACCCUCGAACUCGCGAAGGUUUCACCUUGCUGCACCUAGCUGUCAACUCCAACACCCCGGUUGAUGACUUCCACACCAACGACGUCUGCAGCUUCCCAAAUGCCCUGGUCACAAAACUGCUGCUGGACUGUGGUGCAGAGGUGAAUGCUGUGGACAACGAGGGGAACAGCGCCUUGCACAUUAUUGUUCAGUACAACAGGCCCAUCAGCGACUUCCUGACCUUGCACUCCAUUAUCAUCAGCCUGGUGGAGGCUGGUGCACACACGGACAUGACUAACAAGCAGAACAAGACCCCACUGGACAAAAGCACCACGGGGGUGUCCGAGAUACUGCUGAAAACUCAGAUGAAGAUGAGUCUCAAGUGCCUGGCUGCCCGAGCAGUGCGGGCCAAUGACAUUAACUACCAAGACCAGAUCCCUAGAACUCUCGAGGAGUUUGUUGGAUUUCAUUAAAGUGACUGGAUAUGUAAAAUCGUUUAAUGUGGUGCUAAAAAGUAAAGGACUUUAAUCACA